AUGAACAAUUUAAGAAAUAAGAAAAAGGAUUUGGAUUAUCCACCAGGUGAAGGUCCAAUUUUGCUGUGGCAAACUCGUGUAGUCUUUGCUCUUGGUGGUGAUGCUCGACAUCCAAAAACCAGGAAAGUGAAACUGUCUGUUACUGUAAAGGAGUUCGGGCUUUCAAAAUACCAAUUUCGCCGCCUCAGAGAAUUGGUUGGAAAACGUUAUCAUCCGGGGAGAGAUGAGCAUACAAUAACUAGUGAGAGAUAUGAACAUCGAGAAGAAAACAGAAAAGACUGCUUAAGGACACUUCUUUCUCUCAUUGAGGAGGUAGGAAAAACUAAUAAAUUAGUAGAUGAUGGCCAAUCUUCAUAUGUAAAAGAAAGGCUUCGUGCCAGUCCAGCUUUCAUGGAGAGGUUGCAUGCGAAGUCCAUGAGGUUGUGUGAAUAUAAUCAGUUACGGAAACAAGCUCUCCGCUUAGAGGAUAAGGCUUCAUACUGA